GGCGACUUUCCAGACCCUGCUUUAACACCUUUUGACAAAGCAGCGCUGAAGUCAACUGUUCAGCACGCGGAGUUAGAGACGAUGGCGCAAUUCCAUCCACCCUUUACCUGCUAUGCAAUGCUAUUGCCAUAGGUCCUUGAUCAUGUAAUUCAGGAGCACUGACCUCUAGCUAAUCUACUCUGGAUAUACAAAACUCUUUGUCCAAGACAUAUAAAUAUCGCCUUCCCUCGAGCCCAUCCUCAGCCUCGUCCCUUCAUCAAGACACUCAAGCGUUCCACUUGAAGACAUUACCCUUUUUUGAAUCCUUUGACGACCAUCGCUGUCAAUCUGAAAUCAUGUCUGGACCCAAAGUCGCACUCGCCGGUGCCACUGGGAACAUCGGGGCUCCCAUCCUCAAAGGGCUGCUUGCAGCCAACCUUCCCGUGCUGGUUUUAACACGCAAGGGUAGCAAGUCAAGCUCCAAGCUGCCAAAAGCUGACAAUCUCAACGUGGCCGAGGUGGACUACUCGUCAGUGUCGGACUUGACAGCAGCCUUGAAGGGGGUCGAGGUGGUGGUGUCGGCAUUUGCGAGCGAGGCGCUGGGCGAACAGAACCCCUUGAUUGACGCCUCGGUGGCCGCCGGCGUCAAACGAUACAUCCCAUCAGAGUAUGGCAGCAACACAGUCAACCCAAAGGUGGUCCAGUUGCCGGUGUCUGGCUACAAGGUUGCUACCCAGAAGUAUCUUGAGCAGGCCGCGGCCAAGAACCCCAGUUUCACCUACAGCAUUUUGUUGACCGGCCCGUUCCUGGAUUGGGGCCUCGCUGUAGGAUUUCUGCUCAGCCCGGCCAAACAUUCCGCCACCAUCUACAACGGGGGUGACGUGCCCUUCUCCGCCUCUCUACUCGACGACAUCGCCAAGGGUGUCGUUGGCAUCAUCCACCACCAGGCUGAAACUGCCAACCGGCCCGUCUUCAUCCACAGCGCCAUUAUCACGCAGAACCAAGUGGUCGCAUACGCCAAGGAGUACGACGGAAAGGACUGGCAGCUCACCCAGGCCUCGACUGAGCAGAUCAGACUCGACGGCUUGAAGAAACUGCAGGACGGAAACGUCGACGACAUCGGCUCCGUCAUGCUUGGCUUUCUUUCCAGCGCCAUCUGGGGCGAGGGCUAUGGCCAGGCCUUUACCUCGCUCGACAACGACCUGUUUGGUAUCAAGACUUUGUCCGAGGAGCAAGUGAGGAAGUUGGUUCAAAGCCUCCUAUGAAGGAGCUCGGCUCAUUGACUGUGCCAGAGCGUGGGGGAGGGCGAGGGUGAUCCAUUUACCAGACCCUACGGUCCAUGUCUAGUCUCUGUAGUCAAAGCUUCAUCUACCUUCUGAAGCAUUCGUAAUCUUAGAUUACCAAGUAUCCAAGUCGUUUAAGCCCC